UUAAAACUGAGAGAGAAAGAGAGUUGUAUUUAUCAUUAUCAAAAUGCCAUAUUGCUGCAAAUUGCCAUGGUAUUUCAGAAGCUAGAAAGAGAUAGAUAAAAAAAAAAUACUAUACUAGCGCCAUUUUCUAUUUGUUUAUAAUUUUCACGGUGAAUUUUUGUACUAAUGUUAUGCUAUUUUAGUAAAAAAAAAAAAAUAAAAUAAGAGGGGGUAUGAAUUGUGCACGCAAAAAUUAUCAAGAAAGUGAGUAACAGAUGCACCAAAGGAAUAACAUAAUUAUAUUAAAUAAAUUGAGUAUAUAUAGGUAUACACACAUAUACUACAAUAAAAUAAUAAAGAAAUAAAAACCACAAGAUAAAGAAAAGAAAGAAAAGUAACCAAAAGCACCAAGUAAUGUAGUGGUGGUGUUGGUGAACAAAGUGUCUUGUAGAUUUUGUAUUAGAUAGAGACAGAACAAAAAAGAAAAAAAAAAAAAAACCAUACAAUCAUAAAUAGUUAGACAACAAAAGAUAUCAAGAAGAGAGAGGCCAAUAGCUGAAGAAAAAAAAAAUAAAAAAAAGUCGUGUGUCUUGUGUACGUAUGAAAGAAAGAGAGAGAGAGAGAGAGAAAUGUAAUCUGUUGGUGUUUGAGAAUUGAGACUCGUCGAACGGAAAUACGAUCAAACAUGGAGAAUAAUUUAGUAUUUUUGACUCUCUAAAAUUAACUCAAAGUGCCUAAGCUAAGUCAAAAAAAAAAAAAAUAAUAAUAAUAAAAGGAUAAAAAAGUAAAAUAAAAUAAUAAUUGUUCAUUUUAUAAUUUGGUAUAAUAAACACAAGUGUUAGUCAUAAUCAUAAUCAUCAUCAUCAUCAUCAUCUUCUUCAUCAUCACCACCAUCAACAUCAUCAAAGUAUAUUAAGCACCUUGCUUAGUGUGAGCCAAUCAACGAAUCAGCAAGUGACUUGUAGGUGUUGAAAUAAAAUAAAAAACAUCAAGCAACAAAUAGUCUCAACAACGACUCCAAGACUCACCUGCACAACACACAGUCAUUUAAAUAAUUAUUAUAAAUAAAAUAAUAAAUAAAAAGUACACGUUGUUUGGAUCAACACGCGGCCCAGGGCUGCCUAAACACAAUCACAAUGGAACUUCGUGUUGGAAGUAGAUAUCGUCUUGGACGUAAAAUCGGGAGUGGUUCAUUUGGUGAUAUUUAUUUAGGAACCAACAUCUCAACUGGCGAAGAAGUAGCCAUCAAACUGGAAUGCAUAAAAACACGCCAUCCACAGUUACAUAUUGAAUCAAGAUUCUACAAGAUGAUGCAGGGUGGAGUUGGUAUACCUUCAAUAAAAUGGUGUGGUUCUGAGGGUGAUUACAAUGUUAUGGUGAUGGAAUUACUUGGUCCAUCACUUGAGGAUUUAUUUAAUUUUUGUUCUCGAAGAUUUACACUGAAGACUGUACUUUUACUUGCUGAUCAAAUGAUAAGCCGAACUGAUUUUAUACACAGUCGUAAUUUUAUACAUCGUGACAUUAAACCAGAUAAUUUUUUAAUGGGAUUAGGUAAAAAAGGUAAUCUUGUAUAUAUAAUUGAUUUUGGUCUUGCUAAAAAAUAUCGUGAUGGAAGAACACACAGACAUAUACCAUAUCGAGAAAAUAAAAAUUUAACUGGUACAGCACGUUAUGCAAGUAUAAAUACACAUAUGGGAAUUGAACAAUCACGUAGAGAUGAUCUUGAAUCAUUAGGAUAUGUUUUUAUGUAUUUUAAUAUUGGUAGUUUACCAUGGCAAGGAUUAAAAGCAGCAACUAAACGACAAAAAUAUGAAAGAAUAUCAGAAAAAAAAAUGUCAACAGCAAUUGAAGAUCUUUGUAAAGGAUAUCCUAUUGAAUUUGCUAAAUAUCUUAGAUAUUGUCGUCAAAUACGUUUUGAAGAAAGACCAGAUUAUUCAUAUUUACGACAAUUAUUUCGUACAUUAUUUCAUCAUGAAACAUUUACUUAUGAUUAUGUUUUUGAUUGGAAUAUGUUAAAAUUUGGUAAUGCAAGACAACAACCACUUCCUGUUGCUCAACAAGCACCAAUUCAUUCACAAUUAGCUAAUAUACCAUUAUCAUCUGGUACAAAUAAUGAUCAAGAUCAUCCAUCAAGAUCAUAUACAAGACAAUGUUUGGCAAAUGCAUCUGGUACUGAUGGUGGUGGAACAGUGAGUAAAUCAGGAAGACGUCAAAAAGAGACUGAGCAGGAUGAACUGGAGAAGGUAAAUUUGCAAGGUGAUACGGACGCUCAAGAAAAAAGGAGAUUUACUAUGAGAUUGUACCGUAACACAACUUCAUCAGCACCUUCUGGAGGCACCUGCGAUAUGCAGCCAAAAUCCAAGUAAAAUUGUGUUGUAAUUAGAAAGUACACAAACGGUAUAGAAAAAUGAUAGAAAAAAAAAAAAAAAACAUUUAAUUAAAAAGAAACUAAAACGCUAAUAAUUAAUAAUAAAAAAAAUAAAAAAAAUAAAUGAUGAAAACAAGACAUUUGCCUAACUGUCUGUGUUUAUAAAUUGUUUUUUUUCGAUAAUUCCAAUUGACAAUAGAGUGAUUUUUAAUUUAACUCUAAAUUAUCAAAAAUUAUCAAUAUCAUUAAAUAACAAACGAAAAAAAAAAAAAAUAAAAUAAUUAUGUAGCUAAAAUUCAUAAGUAUAAUAUUAUUUGUUUCGAAAUAAUUUUUUUCUUUUUUUUAUUCAAAGAAAAUGGAUAAUUAAAAUAAAGGGGAAAGCAUUGAUGAUAUGAUUAAACUCAGUGCCUGUGGAUAUUCAAUGAGUGUGUCUAGAAUUAAAAAUAAUAAUUGCAUCUGUUUAUAUACAUAUUUACAAAUGCCUACGUAUAUUUGUUUUAAAUGUACGUAAAAUGAAAAAAAUUAAAAUAAAUAGAUAGAUAAAUAAAUUUUAAGUAUAACUUGAAAAAGUUUUUUUUUAAAAAACAAAAAAUACACUGCCACACGUAUUUGUGUGCAAUGAAAAACGAAAAACAAUUUGACAAUUUUCAAACACAAUUGUUUCGAAAUAGAAAUAAAUAAUUAUUAGUCGAAAGCGAGUGGGGUAUAUUUGUUUUUGUAUAAAAAAAAAUAACGUGGAAUAUUAUUGUUUAAUAAUAACAACGGUUGUUAUAAUUACUAGUAAUUGUUUUUUUUUUUCUUUUUUUUUUUACUGUACAGUAUAUGUGUGUUAAUUAAAUAAUUAUUCCGGCGGUUUAUAAACAUGCUGUUAUCCAACUUAAAUAUAAACAUUUUCAAUUUAUUUUCUUUUUUAUACUAAUUAUUUAAGUAUGGACUUGACAAAACAAAAAUCACUGCCACUUUUUUUUUGUUUAAUGAUUUUUUUUUUUUUUUUGUAAUAAUCAUGUUGAUUUUAUCGUCCAUUGUCUAAAAUAAAUUGAAAAGGAAUUGCUAGACGAGCCAAAUGGUUGCCUG